AUGGACUUCGAUUCAGCGAAGUCGUCGCUGGUCCGAUUCCGAGCUUCCGCCAAUUCCUUCCUGUCCGAUGUCGAGCCGCUCGCCCUGCUUCUCGCCCCACUCCUCACUCUGUUAGUUGCUCGAGUAGUUCAAUCGUUUCUUCGUUGCGUUCACGAUAAUGGAGCCAAACCUCUGAUCAUAGGCUUCGUCAUGAGCUCCGUCAAGUUGGUGCCUGGCGUGAAGCGUUAUAUCGAUGCGGAGAAACAGAAGGUUGUUGACCAGAUGCAGUCUGGCACCAAAUCUAAGAGGGCGGGAUGGAUGUCGGAGUUGCCUAAAGAAGGGUUAGGGCCGGGAGUGGUCGAAAAGUUGAAAGAAGAGAAAGAUAAGGAUGUAGAUUGGCGGGGCAAAUGCUCGGGUACAGUUUACAUUGGUGGAACUGAAUCUGAGGGUCAUUUUGCUGUGAUAAACGAGGCCUGCUCAAUGUUUGCACAUACAAAUCCAUUGCAUUUGGAUGUGUUUCCAAGUGUAGCUAGAUUUGAGGCAGAAGUUGUGGCAAUGACGGCUGCCCUGCUUGGAAGUAAAGAAACGUCUUCUGGAGGAGAAAUAUGUGGGAACAUGACAUCAGGUGGAACGGAGAGUAUUUUGCUGGCUAUGAAAACAUCUCGAGACUACAUGAAGGCUAAGAAGGGAAUUCGAAAACCUGAAAUGAUAAUACCUGUAUCAGCACACUCAGCUUAUGACAAGGCUGCUCAAUACUUUAACAUCAAGCUCUGGCGAGUUCCUGUAAGUAAAGAAUUUCAAGCAGAUGUUAAGGCUAUACGAAGGCUCAUUAACAGAAACACUAUUUUGAUUGUUGGAUCUGCCCCUGGGUUUCCUCAUGGCGUCAUCGAUCCCAUUGAGGAGCUUGGAGAAUUGGCUUCUAGCCGUGGAAUAUGUCUUCAUGUUGACCUUUGCCUCGGUGGAUUUGUGUUACCUUUUGCCCGUAUGCUUGGAUACCCAAUUCCAUCAUUCGACUUUACUGUUGAAGGAGUGACCUCAGUGUCAGUAGAUGUGCACAAGUACGGGCUGGCUCCUAAAGGAACGAGUGUAGUUCUGUACAGAAAUCAUGAAAUUAGAAAGCAUCAAUUUGUUGCUGUUACUGAGUGGUCGGGUGGCCUCUAUGUGUCUCCGACAGUUGCUGGAAGUAGGCCAGGAAGUUUGAUUGCUGGGGCUUGGGCAGCAAUGAUUUCUCUCGGCCUACAAGGGUACUUGGAGAAUACAAAAGCCAUAAUGGAGGUAUCAAAGCAAGUACAGAAGGGAGUACAAGAGAUCCCCGAGUUAUUCAUCAUUGGAAAACCAGAUAUGACGAUUGUGGCAUUUGGAUCCGAUCUCGUGGAUAUAUUCGAAGUCAACGACAUCAUGACGUCCAAAGGCUGGCAUCUUAAUGCAUUGCAGAGACCCAACAGUCUUCACAUCUGCCUUACCCUCCAACACGUAUCAAUCUACAAGGACUUCCUCGUCGAUCUGAAGGAAUCAGUAAACACUGUGAAAGCAAAUCCAGGUCCUAUAAAAGGAGGGCUCGCUCCAAUUUAUGGUGCUGCCGGGAAGAUGCCUGAUCGAGGGAUGGUUCAGGAUUUGUUGGUUAAUUACAUGGAUGGUACAUGUUAG